AUGGCGGCGAGUAAGAGUUACUUAGCCAGGCAGAACUACCGAUUCCUCCCAGUGGAUCUUCCGAACCACCACCACCACCACCUCAGCCACCACGACUCCUCCUUCGAACUGGACGAGUGCGACAUCUACGAUCGCCACCACCACGCCGCCGCGGAGUCGCCGGAGUUCCGGAAGGCCGGGUCCAGGAUCGGCGGAAAGAAUCGGCCGACGGUGGCGGCGGUGAAGUUCGGAUCCGCCGCGUCGUCGCUGCCGGUCAACAUACCGGACUGGUCGAAGAUAUUGAAGGAUGAGUACCGGGAUAACCAGCGCCGGGAUCCGUUUGACGACGACGAGGAAGAAGAAUUGGACGAUGAUUACGCCGACGGCGGCGGGGUGCGAGUGCCGCCGCACGAGUUCCUGGCGAGGCAGAUGGCGAGGACGAGGAUCGCGUCGUUCUCCGUCCACGAAGGGGUGGGGAGGACGUUGAAAGGGAGGGAUCUGAGUAGGGUCAGAAAUGCAAUUUGGGAGAAAACUGGGUUUCAAGAUUGA